ACCAGGAUUAGUCUUUCAAAAUAUGAACCAUUAAGACUCAAGAAUAAGAUGUACCUCUAUGUGACUAAAUGUAUAUAAUAUAAAUGCCGUUAUUAUUCCAUAACCCAGAUAUCCAUCAUUUUCACGACUUCUUGAAGCCGUGUUAAUAAUACAGCCCACCCUUCUCCUUGGUCACUGUGCCUUCAGAGGGCUAUUAAAAACCAGCAGAAGGCAAAACCAUAUUUGUCCAUAAAGUCCCACCCACUCUACUCUCCCUGUAUGUCAUCCAGCGACCUAUUGUUUCCUUUAUCCCAUCUUGGAUCAGAUUUUAAUCGUUCUAUCUAUUUAAAUCCCUCAAAAUCUUGCCCGAAUACUUAAUUUCAUGUGGCAGGUGUGUGUCAUGAGUCAUGCUCUGCAUAUCGGUAUCCUCUGAUUAUAUUUCCGUCCAGUGGAAUCUGAUGGGUCUGCUUCCACUGGCUGACCUACUUCUCUGAAACUCUGUCCCAUAGGCUUGAGUUUGACUCUCGCUACUGGACGAAGAGCGGACACACGUUUUUACUUCGGUUUACUCAACACACCCAGACCCUCCACACAGAUAUGGAGCAAGAGCCUGCAGAGGAGACCGAGACUCAGGGAGUUCCUCCAGAUGCCGAGCUGGCAGCAGCUAUUAUGAAAAGACAUUUUCGUCCAUCUCUGAUUAAAUCCGAAGCGUGGGAGGGAUAUACAUUUGCUAAUCUGGAGAUUAAAAUCAAAGAGUCGACUGAUUGUUACGGUGCUGUGCUGUGGCCCUCAGCCAUGGUGUUGUGUCAUUUUCUUGAAACGCAUCAGGAAAAAUAUAACCUUCUAGACAAGAAAGUCAUUGAGAUUGGUGCUGGAACGGGAUUGGUUACAAUAGUGUGCAGCAUUCUAGGUGCAAAAGUCACGUCCACCGACCUCCCAGACAUCCUUGGUAACCUGCGCUACAACGUGAGCCGCAACACCAGGGGACGCUGUCGCUACGAUCCCCAUGUGACCGAGCUCACCUGGGGACAGCAGCUAGAAGAGCGUUUCCCACGCGCAUCCUGUCGCUAUGACUACCUCAUGGCAGCAGAUGUUGUCUACUCCCAUCCGUACCUCAACGAACUGAUGGAGACCUUCGAACACCUGUGCUCAGAGGACACGGUUAUAUUCUGGGCCAUGCGGUUUCGCCUGGACCCUGAGAAUAGCUUUGUGGAACGUUUUAGAGCGCGUUUUCAUAUGGAGGAGCUUUAUGACCUUCCCAGCUUGCAUAUCAAAUUGUACAGAGCGCAGAAGAACAUCUCAGGCUCAUAGAGCUUCUGGAGCUGCAGCGUAGAGAGGUCGGGAUGUACAGUAACUGGGGUGUAAUAAAAUGCUUUGAAACCUUUCACUCGGCAGCUAACAAUAUUCCAAAAUUUUGAAAUGAAGAUCAAAAACAUCAUCAAAAACAACGAAUACGGUGUAUGUGUGAAUAAAGCAGGUACAAAGCUAUAUUCCCAAAAGUAUCAGUUUAACUACGUUACUUCACAGCGAACUGGCUCUCUGGCCUGAGAUUUGAGCACAAAACCUGCCACUAGUGCCAUGAAUGCAGUGUGUGUGUAUAGUCCAGUGUGUAUAAAUGCAGUAUGAAUGCAGUGUGUGUGUAUAGUCCAGUGUGUAUAAAUGCAGUAUGACUGCAGUGUGUGUGUAUAGUCCAGUGUGUAUA